GGAAAUACAUUCAGGGCGUUCAUAAUCCUCAUAUAGAUAGCUCAUAAAUAGAUAUUAUUUUGGUAUUCUCUAAAAUUUUUAUAUAAUUUUGAAAAUUCUAGAAUAAUAUUAUUAUUAUUGUCAUUUUUGUAAUUGAGUAAACGUCCACCUUCAGCUUGAGCGUUGAAUGCUGACGUCUUAAUUUCCUCAAGAGAGACAGUCUCAUUUGUCAAAAGUUAAGUCAAGAGUGAGAGUGAGUUGUGAGUGUUGAGUCUGUUGCCUAAUUUGUGAAAGGAGUGGAAUAACCAAAGAUGUCGUUCAAUCCAUCGGCCAAUCCUGGUCGAAUAGUGUGGAUGGGUGGCAUUAUAAAGCCUUACAUGACAGAAACAUUUAUAGUGACUGCAUUUCUGAAAAUGGGACAUAGACUCUUAGUGAAAUUGGGCAAGAGGAAGAAGAUCACUGAACCUCCUGGAUAUUGCUUUGUUCAUUUUGCAAGUGAGGAAGAAGCAAAAAAGGUUUUGAAGAAUCCGGCAAAGUUCUUCUUGAGUACAGUUGGAGUGAAAAAUCUUCUACCAAGUUAUAAUGUUUGGCUGUACGAUCUAUCCCCGGAUGUUGACGAUAAUAUUCUACAGAAAACAUUCUCUUCCCGUUAUAAAACUGUUACACAAGCUAAAGUUAUUCUUGACUUGACGGGAUACAGCAAAGGCAUCGCUCACAUAAAGUUCAGCAGUGAAGAUGAACAGAAGCAUUGUUUGAAUCAUAUGAAUGGAUUCAAAGGCCUUGGAACCAGGCCGUUGAAAGUAUCAUCCUCCCUCAACUCCCAGCCUAAUGUGGGCAAAAAGAUAUACCGUAUAUAUGGCUCUGGAAAUAGCUCAUCGCAAAACUCAGCCUACGGAUUUGAAAAGUCCUACUGGAACAAAUAUGCAGCCUGGCAAAAUAGUUUCAGAGAUCCAGUCCACUAUAAUUUUGCUACCGAGAUGGCUACUAUAAAUAUCAUUGAAACUUCUGUUCAAAAAGAAGAUGAUAUGGAUUUAAUAGAGCAUAACACCAAGUUGGACAUCGAUACUUGGAAUAGAGAAUUGAUCCAGCGCGAUUACAACUUGUGGGAUGCUGUGGAAUGCUCCAAGUGGCUGCCUGUCAAUAUACUCGAUUGAUUGAUUGUAAAUUGAUCGGUUGUCGAUUGAUUGAUUAUCGAUUGAUUGAUUGUCGAUUGAUCGAUUCAUCGAUUGUCAAUUGAUUAUCAUGUGAUGUGCUCUACUGUUCACAUCUCCACUUAUUCACAAUCUUUAGAGGAAAUCUACUUGUAGAGAUUACAAGAAGUAAUCUCUAGUUAUUCUCUAGUGUGUUUGACAACUUGUUUGAAUCGCUCACUGAACAAUAAUGAGAUUGAGACUCAAACCCUAGUUUUUAUACCUUCAGUGUGAAACAAUUUUAAUUUCUACUGUACUUUCGUGUUCAAGUUGAUUUUAUAUUAUUAUGAUAGAAACCCAACCACCAUUAUUCCGUGGAAUUUGAUAGGAUUAUUUUAAAUACCAUUUAUGUUUCGAUUAUUUUAAAUAUAAUUAUUUGCUCCGUGGAAUUUAUUUUGAUUAUCUUAAAUACAGUAUUUAAAUUUUUUGAUGAAUGAAUAAAAUAUCCAUGAAUUAUGAAGAAAAA